GUCAGUGAGACGUGAGGAAGAGGAGCUGGAGGAGGAAGAGCAGGAGGAGGAGCUUCACUGUCCGGAGGGUCGGGCUGACUGAGUCCCGGACUGAAGCGUCCAAAGUUUCCGCGGCGAGCCGCUUCUGCUCCUCUCUGCUCCGGACAAACGGACCUCGGUCGGAUCCAGACGCGCAGCCGCGGGACGCAGAGUGUGACCAGACGGGCUUUGACUGUUCCCCCCGGAGGAAAACUCCUGAAACAAAGAGUGAAUGUGACGGAGCAGGAGCAUCCCGCGGCUGGCAGGAAUGAAGAGGAUGCGCUGAAACUCUCGCAAACCUUUAACUUGGAAUGAGUUGGAUCAGCGACACACAGGGAAUCCUCUGGGAUUAAAAUAAAGAGGAGCGAUGGAUAACUUCUUCACAGAGGGGGAUCGGGUUUGGCUCCGGGAGGAGGAGCAGUUCCUCCCCGGCUCCGUGUCUUCCUGCUCUGGAGGCGUCGUCGUCUUCGCCACAGACUACGGCCAGGUCUACACCUACAAACAGAACGCCCUCACCAGGCAGAAGGUGCAGCCCAUGCACCACAGCAGCGUCAGAGGCGUGGAGGACAUGGCCACGCUGGAGGACCUUCACGACGGCGCCAUCAUGCACAACCUCCACCAGCGAUACCAGCAGAGGCAGAUCUAUACGUACAUCGGCUCCAUCCUGGCCGCGGUGAACCCGUACCAGCCUCUGCCCGGCCUGUACGACCGGCCCAGCAUCGAGCUCUACAGCCGCCACCACCUGGGUGAAAUCUCUCCACACAUCUUCGCCGUGGCCAACGACUGCUACCGCUCGCUGUGGAGGAGGCAGCAGAACCAGUGCGUCCUGAUCAGUGGAGAAAGUGGAGCUGGAAAAACCGAAAGCACCAAGCUGAUUUUGAGGUUUCUGUCCGCCAUGAGCCAACACUCGCUGGAGGUUUCCUGCAGAGACAAAACGUCGCACGUGGAGGAGGCGCUGCUGGAGAGCAGCCCCAUCAUGGAGGCCUUCGGAAACGCCAAGACCGUCUACAACAACAACUCGAGCCGCUUCGGGAAGUUCGUCCAGCUGCAUUUCAGUCAGAAGGGAAACAUCCAGGGAGGAAGAAUUGUUGACUAUCUGCUAGAAAAAAACCGAGUUGUUCGGCAGAACCCAGGAGAGAGAAACUAUCACAUUUUUUACGCCGUAUUAGCAGGAGCCAACAACCAGCAAAGAGAGGCGUUCGGGUUGACGCGUCCUGACAGCUACCACUACCUGAGACAGUCCAGCUGCACGGAGGACAAGACAAUCAACGACUGCGGCACCUUUCAGGACGUUCUGAACGCGAUGCAAACCAUGCAGUUCACAGAGGAGAACAUCAGGGAGAUCCUGCGCCUCCUGGCGGGGAUUCUGCAUGCAGGAAACAUCGAGUUCAUGACGGCUGGCGGCGCUCAGGUCGCCUCCAAAUCAGCUCUGAGUUGGACGUCUGAACUUCUGGGCCUGAACUCGGAUCAGCUGGCCGAAGUCCUGACUCACCGCUCCAUGAUCCUCAGGGGGGAGGAGAUCUCCACGCCGCUAACAGUCGAACAGGCGGUGGACUCCAGGGACUCCAUGGCCAUGGCACUUUAUUCUCAGUGUUUCAACUGGAUCAUUCACAAGCUGAACCAGCGCAUCCGGGGCAAAGAGGACUUCAAAUCCAUCAGCAUCCUGGACAUUUUUGGAUUUGAGAACUUUGAGGUUAACCGCUUUGAGCAGUUCAACAUCAACUAUGCAAACGAGAAGCUUCAGGAAUAUUUCAAUAAGCACAUUUUCUCCCUGGAGCAACUUGAAUACAACAAAGAGGGCCUGGUUUGGGUCGACAUCAACUGGAUGGACAAUGGAGAGUGUCUGGAUUUGAUAGAGAAGAAACUGGGUCUGCUGGCGCUGAUGAAUGAGGAGAGUCACUUCCCCAAAGCCACAGACGACACCUUACUGGAGAAACUCCACAGCCAGCACUCGAAAAAUCCAUUUUAUGUGAAACCUCGUGUUGCUGUGCACCUAUUCGGAGUCAGACAUUAUGCAGGAGAGGUGGUGUAUGAUGUGAGGGGGAUGCUGGAGAAGAACAGAGACACGUUCAGGGACGACAUCCUCAACAUGCUGAGAGAAAGCAGGCUGGAUUUUGUUUAUGAUCUGUUUGAACACGUAUUGAGCCGAAACAAGCAGGACACGCUGAAGAGCAGCACCAAGCACAGACGGCCCACAGUCAGCUCCCAGUUCAAGGACUCCUUGCACUCCCUGAUGGCCACCCUGAGCUCGUCCAACCCGUACUUCAUCCGGUGCAUCAAACCAAACACACACAAGAUGCCUGACCAGUUCGACCAGACGGUGGUUCUGAACCAGCUCAGGUACUCCGGCAUGCUGGAAACAGUGAAGAUCCGGCGCAGCGGCUUCCCGGUCCGCAGAUCCUUCCAGGACUUCUGCUCCAGGUACAAAGUCCUGAUGAGGGGCGUCCUGACUCCAGACGACCAGAGGGGGCGCUGCAAGCAGCUGCUGCACCUCUAUGACAGCAGCAGUGCAGACUGGCAGCUCGGCAAGACCAAAGUUUUCCUCCGAGAGUCUCUGGAGCAGCGGCUGGAGAAGCAGAGGGAGGUGGAGGUGCUGAAAGCAGCCAUGAUCAUCCAGGCCCACGUCCUGGGCUACGUGGCCCGGAAGCAGUACAGGAGGCUGCUGCAGUGCAUUGUGGUCAUUCAGAAGAACUACCGGGCUUUCUACUGGAGGAGGAAGUUCCUGCUGCUCCGCUGGGCCGCGCUCACCUUCCAGAAGCGCCUGAGGGGCCAGCUGGCCCGCCGGGCCGUCGGCCGGCUGCUGGACGAGAGGAGGAAGAGGGAGGAGGAGGAGGAGCGCCGCAGAAAGAUGGAGGAAGAGAUGGAGAGAGAGAGACUGAGACUGGAGGCGGAGCGACGCGCCAAAGAGGAAGCAGCUGCAGCUUUACCAGAAACACCGGAGGAGCUGGACUCGGUCUUCGAGGAGGAGGAGGCGAUCCGCCCCCAGGAGGCGUCCCAGGUGGAGGAGAUCCUCCGGCUGGAGCGAGAGAUCCAGGCUCUGCAGAGGCAGAAGGAGCAGCAGGAGCUGUCCCUGACGGAGGCGUCGCUCCACCGCCUGCAGCGCCUCCGGGAUCAGGAGCUGCAGCGGCUGGAGGACGAGGCCUGCAAGGCGGCGCAGCAGUUCCUGGACUCGCUCAACUUCGACGAGAUUGAUGAGUGUGUGAGGAACAUUGAGAGCUCGCUGGGCGUCGGGGAGGAAGAGGAGAAGGAGAACGGAGGGAGAAGAGGCAACGACGAAGAGGAGGUGGAUGAAGGGUUCGGAGCCGACGACGAGGCUUUCAAAGACUCUCCCAACCCGAGCGAGCACGGCCACUCCGACGGCCAGCGGACGAGCGGAAUCCGGACGAGCGACGAUUCCUCUGAAGAAGACCCGUACGCCAACGACGUUCCGAUCCCAGCGAUGCCCCUCACCACCCUGCUCCACCAGCCGCUGCCGCCGGCCGCCCACAGCGUCUCGUCCAGCGGCGACUCCGCCUUCUGUCGCCCGCAGGCGUCGUCCGAGGCGCCGUCCGACGACCUGGUGGAGCUGAUCCCUCCAGACGAGGACUCGGACUACGACCAGGACGACUACGACGAGGGCGCCAUCGUGUCCAGCGGCAGCGUGGCGUUCUCCAACUCCCACAGCGGGCAGUGGUCUCCGGAUUACCGGGGCUCCGUGGGAACGUGCAACAGCUCAGGGGCUUACCGCUUCAGCUCCGAGGGCGCCCAGUCGUCGUUUGAGGACAGUGAAGACGACUUUGACCGGUUUGACACAGACGAUGAGUUAUCGUAUCGACGGGACUCGGUCUACAGCUGCGUCACGCUGCCAUACUUCCACAGCUUCCUCUUCAUCAAAGGGGGCCUGAUAAACACGUGGAAGCGGCGCUGGUGCGUUCUGAAGGACGAGACCUUCCUGUGGUUCCGGGCCAAGCAGGAAGCUCUGAAGCAGGGCUGGCUGCACAAGAAGGGAGGCGGCUCCUCCACGCUGUCCCGCCGCAACUGGAAGCGCCGCUGGUUCGUGCUGCGGCAGAGCCGGCUCAUGUACUUUGAGAACGACAGCGAGGAGAAGAUGAAGGGAGUGCUUGACAUGCACAAUGCCAAAGAAAUCGUUGACAACACGGGUAAGGAGAACGGUAUCGACAUCGUGAUGCCAGAGAGGACCUACCACCUGAUCGCAGAGUCUGCUGAGGACGCCAGUCAGUGGUUCAGCGUGCUGAGUCAGGUCCACGGCUCCACAGAACAGGAGAUCAGCGAGAUGCACGAUGAGCAGGCCAAUCCGCAGAACGCCGUGGGAACGCUGGAUGUGGGCAUGAUCGACUCGGUUUGUGCGUCAGAUAAUCCAGAAAGACCCAACUCUUUUGUCAUCAUCACUGCGGAGCGGGUGCUGCACUGCAACGCCGACACGCCCGAGGAGAUGCACCACUGGAUCACUCUGCUGCAGCGCUCCAAAGGAGACGCGCGCGUCGACGGGCAGGAGUUCAUCAUCAGAGGCUGGUUGCACAAAGAGAUGAAAAACAGCACCAAGGCCUCGCUGAAGCUGAAGAAGCGCUGGUUCCUGCUCACCCACAAUUCCCUGGACUACUAUAAGAGCUCCGAGCGGAACGCCUUGAAACUGGGAACUCUGGUUCUGAACAGCCUCUGCUCCGUGGUGCAGCCCGAUGAGAAGCUCUACAAGGAGACCGGAUACUGGAACGUGAUCGUCUACGGGCGGAAACACUCGUACCGGCUGUACUGUAAGCUGCUGAACGAAGCCACGCGUUGGGCCAGCUCCAUCCAGAACGUCAUCGACACCAAAGCUCCCAUCGACACGCCGACCCAGCAGCUCAUCCAGGACAUCAGGGAGAACUGUCUGAACUCAGAGGUGGUGGAGCAGAUCUACAAGAGGAACCCCAUCCUCCGCUACAGCCACCACCCGCUGCAUUCCCCGCUGCUGCCACUGCCGUACGGAGACAUCCAGCUGAGCGCGUCACGCAGUCGGAGCUACACCACCCUGCAGGACGAAGCCCUGCGGGUGUUCGGCUCCCUGCAGCACCUGGACGGCGUGGCCGACCCGGUCGCCAUCAUCCAGGGCAUCCUGCAGACGGGCCAGGAGCUCAAGCCGCUGCGUGACGAGCUCUACUGCCAGCUGAUCAAGCAGACGGCCCGGCCGCCGCAGCCCGGCGGCCCGGGGAACCUCUGCAGCUGGAAGAUCCUGGCCUGCAUGUGCUGCACCUUCAUGCCCUCACGGAGCGUCCUGAGAUACCUGAAGUUCCACCUGAAGAGGACCAGAGAGCUCUUCCCCGCCUCAGAGAUGGACCGCUACGCCGCCUUCGCCUUCGACUCCUUGAAGAAGACUCGGGCCAGGGAGAACGUGCCGUCGCAGGAGGAAAUCCGCUCCAUCGUGGCCCGGCAGGAGAUGAGCACCACAGUGCACUGCCACGGCGGAGGCUCCUGCAAGAUCACCAUCAACUCACACACCACUGCAGGGGAGGUGGUGGAGAAGCUGAUCCGCGGCCUGGCCAUGGAGGACAGCAGGAACAUGUUCGCUCUGUUUGAACACAACGAGGCCUCAGAGAAAGCCAUCGAGAGCCGGACCGUGGUGGCCGACGUUCUCGCCAAGUUUGAGAAACUUUCAGCGAGCGCAGAGGAAAGCAACACGGGCUGGAAGCUGUACUUCAAACUGUACUGCUUCCUGGACACGGACGGCGUUCCCAAGGACAGCGUGGAGUUCGCCUUCAUGUUCGAACAGGCCCAUGAGGCCGUCAUCCAGGGCCACUAUCCGGCCCCGGAGGAGACGCUCCAGUUCCUGGCCGCCCUCAGGCUCCAGUACCUCCUGGGCGACCAGAACCCCCAGAGCGCCGUGCCCGAGAUGUCCCAGGUGUUCCCCAUGGCUCGACUGCGGACCCGGGUCCAGAACUCGGCCAAGACGUUUGCCGGCGCCGGCUCUGUGGCGGAGCGCUCGGGGACGGCGGAGCGGAAACGCUCCAGCUUCCUGGAGGGAACGCUGCGGCGGAGCUUCAGGAGCGGAUCGCUGAGCCGGCAGAGGCUGGAGGAGGAGAACAGCCUGGAGGCCUGGCUGAGGGAGGAGGCGGCCGCCGUCCGGACCAGCGUCCUGGACAAGUGGAGGAAGCUGCAGGGCGUGAGCCAGGAGCAGGCCAUGGUCAAGUACAUGGCGCUGGUGACGGAGUGGCAGGGCUACGGAUCCACGCUCUUCAACGUGGAGAGCCGUGACGGAGCCUUCCCGGCGGAGCUGUGGCUCGGCGUGAGUCGGGAGUCCAUCUCCGUCUACAAACGCGGCGAGCCGUGGCCCCUGGAGGUUUUCCCCUACGAGCUCAUCCUGUCCUUCGGCGCGCCGCUGCCCAACGCCUACAAGAUCGCCGUGGAGGGCCGGGAGCUGCUGUUCGAGACCCAGAUGGUCAUGGACAUCGCCAAGCUCAUGAAGGCGUACAUCAGCAUGAUCGUGAAGAAACGCCACAGCAACAGUCAGUCGGUCAGCAGCCAUGAGAGCAAAGGCAGCGCCUGGUGAAGCCGGACGGGGCCUCAGGGGCCCGCAGGGCCGGAACCCAACCCGGAACCGAAACCAGAACCCAACCCGUAACCCAACCCGUAACCCAACUCGGAACCCAACCCAACCCGGAACCCAACCUGGAACCCAAACCAGAACCCAACCCGGAACCCAACCCGGAACCGAAACCAGAACCCAACCCUGAACCCAAACCAGAACCCAACCCGUAACCCAACCCGUAACCCAACCCGGAACCCAACCUGGAACCCAACCUGGAACCCAAACCAGAACCCAACCCAACCCGGAACCCAACCAGGAACCCAACCCGGAACCCAACCCAACCCUGAACCCAACCCGGAACCCGACCCGGAACCCGACCCUGAACCCAACCAGGAACCCAACCCAACCCGGAACCCAACCCUGAACCCAACCAGGAACCCAACCCAACCCGGAACCCAACCCAACCCGGAACCCAACCCAACCCGGAACCCAACCCAACCCUGAACCCAACCCGGAGCCCAACCCAACCCGGAACCCAACCAGGAACCCAACCCGGAACCCAACCAGGAACCCAACCCUGAACCCAACCCGGAACCCAACCCAACCCGGAACCCAACCAGGAACCCAACCCAACCCGGAACCCAACCCUAGACCCAACCCGGAACCCAACCCGUAACCCAACCCGGAACCCAACCCUGAACCCAACCCGGAACCCAUCCCGUAACCCAACCCAGAACCCGACCCGGAACCCGACCCGGAACCCAACCCGGAACCCAACCAGGAACCCAACCCAACCCGGAGCCCAACCCAGAACCCAACCCGGAACCCAACCCAGAACCCAACCAGGAACCCAACCCAACCCGGAGCCCAACCCUGAACCCGACCCGGAACCCAACCCAGAACCCGACCCGGAACCCAACCGGAACCCAACCCGAGUCAAGCUGAGCUCUGCUCCUCCCUCAGAUUAUAUGAAAUACGUGUCUAAUGUUUGUGCUGCAAUGUUUUUUGUGCCGUUAUAAUUUUUAAGAAAAAAAUAUUUUUCAGAGAUAAAGUUGCCAUUUUUAUCCCCAAAAAUGAUUUGAUUUAUUGAAUCAAAUCAAAUGGAUGUCAGUUCAACAGAAAUCAGCCUACCGACCUUUGACCCCACGGAUGAUCAAAACUGAUAGAAAAGCAGAACUUUUUGUAUUGUUUUAACUUUUAUGAUUAUUUUUUAGGUUUUCAGAGGUCACUACAGGUCAACCUGCCCUUUAACAAAAUCAAACAAAUUGAUAUAAAUUAAUUAUGCUUCGUUUGUGCUGAAUUUUGCAUCAAAAUGUUUGUUUGUACCGUUAUAAUUUUAAGAUUUUUAAAAGAAAAGAGUUUCCAGACCCGUCGUUUAAUUAUUGCUGCAGAAACGUUUGACACCAGUUUCAUUUAAUUUAAAGAAGGCGGGUCCAGCUUCACUCGGCCCAACAUGAAGGAACGGCUUUGCAAAAGGAAAAACUCUGAGGUUUCUCCACCAGGUCCAAGUCGAGCCGGGAGUCUCCAUGGAAACCUGAGCUCAGACCAAAGCAUCGCGUCGCUACACAAACUGAGUAUUUCUACCUGGAAGUGCUUCUUAUCAACAAUCAGUCUGAAUAAAAUGAAUCAAGAAACGUAACAUUUUGCUGGACCACCUGAAAUGAGGCUUCAUGGAAGCGGAUUGUGGUUCAGGUCAGUUCCAGUUUCACUCCCACAGGAGGAAGACUUUCUGAAAGAAACAAAAUUAUCCAAAAGAAAGAAGAAUGGAACAAAAACUACCAAAGAAAACCAGUUUUCAUCGAAUCUCUGCUGACUUUCAGCUACUCUUCAACAUGGGAAAGACCAGAAGACACGGCGGGAGGCGUUACGGACGCUCCUGGCUGGGAAACUGUGUGACUGUCAUGAAUUGUUUAGAGAAGAGACUGUUUGAAUGUAUUUUCCUUUCCCAAACAAAACAACAACCCUGAAUCUGAUUCUGAUUAUUUUAUAAAUGAUUAGCAGACAAUGAACAAAUCACAAGUGCCUGUUUCCAUCCGGAUGAACUCCGAUCGGGUCCGAGGUUCUGCUGAGGAAUAAAAACGGCGCUCCGAUGUUUCUGAACCGGUCCUGCUGCCCAAGCCGCUCAAGCUCAGAAAGAGCAACUUCUCUCUCAUGCAAAGCAAUCAGUUUCCAAAUAUCAAAGCUUCCUGGCUGAGAUUUAUGCAACCUGUUGUUGACCACAGAAAAUCAAAAAUACAACAUGUUUAGGACUUUUGAGAUUUCUGGAAGGAAAGUUUCCUAGAUUAGUGGUGAAAACUUGGGAACAUCGUGGUAAACGUUGUAACCGUUAUGGUAACUGAGCCGCUCCACCGGACCCGGUUCGGCAACGCAACAUUCCCACGUUUCCCUGGAGCUCCGCGGGCGGCAGAUCCAUCCAAAUCCAAGACCUGCAGGUUCCUGCCACAGUUCAGUGCCUUGUUGUAAAUUCUGUACACUUCCUGUUAUACAUGCAGAUUGGUUUUUGGUAGAAUGUGUAAUAUAUAUACAUAUAUAUAUUAAAUGUGAUAUAAUCAUGUGGACUGUACAUUUCAGGUUUUUGCCUUCUGAUUUAUUAUUCCAGCAUUUUUUUCUUGUAUCUCUUUUUGUAUCUUUUUAAAUCUGAAUUAUCAUUGUGUGUUAGAAUAUGAAUUAGAAUUAUGUGUUGAUUUACAAUAAAUAAAUAAAACUA